GUCUCACUUCAGUUGGCAAAAUAGCGGUUACAACUUCCACAUCGAAUCAGCCGAUUUUAGUUUAGAAUCUUGUUUUAAUCAAAUCAAAAAUUCUGUUUAUAGGUUUAUGAAUACUGUACAACUGUUUUUUUUUUUUCCAGAACAGACUUUCGCUAUUAAUCAGUGUCCUUAAACCAGGAAACUCGAAAACCCUAAAACCUAAGAUAAUUGUUUCUUUGCUAAUACUAAUCAAUGUCUUCGGAACAAAAUAAAGAUCCUAUUAACGUUGUUCAUCUCGAAGGUAACAGUGAGAAAGAUCCAAACAAUCGAAUACCAGCUAUAGGGAAUCAACCUCUCAUGUCUUGUAAAAGUAAAACCAAUCAAAAGCAUAAAUCAGAAUCACGUAGCUUUUGGAGAGCAGGGGAUUAUGCAGUUGGUAACACCAAAUCUGUUACUCCUCAAGGUCAACUGGAACACGCUCGCGUUCAUCCGAAGUUUCUUCAUUCUAAUGCAACAUCUCAUAAGUGGGCAUUUGGAGCUAUAGCGGAGCUUCUUGAUAAUGCGGUUGAUGAGAUCAGGAGUGGUGCUACCUACGUUAAGGUGGAUACAUUAUAUAACGCGAAGGAUGAAUCUCCUGCAUUGCUUUUCCAAGAUAAUGGAGGAGGAAUGGAUCCUGAUUGUAUGAGGCAGUGUAUGAGCUUGGGCUAUUCGUCAAAGAUGGCAAACACAACGAUUGGACAGUAUGGUAAUGGGUUCAAGACUAGUACCAUGCGACUGGGAGCUGAUGUUAUCGUUUUCAGCCGGGCCACUCGUGGAAGCCGUGUGACACAAAGCAUAGGUCUCCUCUCGUAUACAUUUUUGAGAAAAACUGGGCAAGAUGAUGUCAUUGUUCCCAUGGUUGAUUUUGAAGUUACUGGGCGUCAAACCCAGCCAAUAAUAUGUGGUUCACAAGCUGAUUGGUCUAGUAACUUGAAGCUAAUCCUUCAAUGGUCACCCUUUGCUUCUGAGGAAGAGCUUAUGCAACAGUUUGAUGAUAUUGAAGCUCAUGGGACAAAGAUUAUCAUAUAUAACUUAUGGCUUAGUGAUGAUGGGGUUCUGGAACUAGAUUUCAAUAAAGAUGAGGAGGAUAUAUGUUUGAAAGAUGAAGUUGUUACUGGAAAGGGGUCUAGGGAAUCACACAGACUACUGGAAUCUCAUAUUUCUUACCAACUUCGCUAUUCCUUAAGGGCUUACGCGUCGAUCUUGUAUUUAAGAAAAUUUACUGAUUUCCAAAUUAUUUUAAGGGGGAAAACUGUUCAACAGUACAUUGUUGCGGAGGAUUUGAAAUAUUCCAAAGUAAUUAUUUACAAACCAAAGCUGGGAUUAGCUUCACAAGAGAUUUCGGUGGAAACAACAAUUGGAUUUGUGAAAGAGGCCCCUCUUCUUAAAGUCUCCGGGUUUAAUAUUUACCAUAAGAAUCGCCUAAUUAGGCCGUUCUGGAAAGCCUAUCAUGAAGGUUCUAGCAGAGGCACUGGUGUUGUAGGUGUUCUUGAAGCAAAUUUUAUUGAACCAGCACAUGACAAACAGGACUUUGAAAGAUCAGCUUUAUACAUCCGGCUUGAGACUAGGAUUAAACAAAUGAUAAUGGAAUACUGGACAGGAAACUGCCACAAGAUAGGAUUUCAAUCUAGAAUCCCUGAGAUACGUUGUAUGCAGAAGGAAUUGCGUGUUGGUGAAGUGUCUACUGGCUUUAAAGCUGGUUAUCAGUUGCCUACCGAGCAACCUGUCGUGGGUCUUGCAGCUAAUGUGCCACAUGGACUAGCAGCAGGUUCUUCUAAAGAAGAGGAAUCUUUAGAUGGUUUAGGUUCCACUACAAUCGAGCAGAUAUGUGAAGAGAACAUACAAUUAUUCAUGAAGUGUAAAGAUCACAAAGAGAAGGAAAAUGACCUAAAAAACACGGUUGGGAAAUUGGAAAAGCAGCUGCAGGAAGCCAAAAGGAAAUGUUCUCAACUUGCUUCUCAUAUAGAAAAUAGAAAGAAACAUCUGUUGGCAAAGCAGCAAGAAAGGGAGAAGAUAUGAUAAAAAUAAAUGUCAACUUGAAAGCAAAAUUUUGAUUCCUCAAUCAGUCGUGAAAAUGAUUUUCCGGUUUCUAACUUGGCGCUCAACAGUUACCCAGAUUGGAAACUAGACCUGCAUACUUGUUCAUUUUCUGCCUGAUGAUGCUACUUCUACAGCACCUAUCUUUUGGCAAGGCAAAUGGUAAUAUCCUGUCUAUUAUGGUAUUUGUAUCUUUCCACGUAGGUUGAUUAUAAAUAAUAUCAGUAAAUGAUAUUUAAUUAUGUAAAACAUGUAGAACAAUACAUACAGAAGGGUGUGCACAGUAUCGAUGUUUGAGUUCACCGCCACCUUUUCCACAUUAACACAGUUUUGGAUCAACCAUAGCGAGUAAAA